AUGUGCCAUCAAAGUUAUGGCGCCCUUACUUGCGAUCCGUGUCGAGCAUUGGAAUAUUGUGACUCAAAAACAGAACUUGAAAACAAAGUCACUGAUAAUAAUUGCAUACAAAUCAGAGACAUUGAAUCCACUUCUUGUCGGGACUCAACUCUCAAGUCAAAGGAAGAUGUGAUUUGUUUGUAUGGAAACGAUGGCAGCGAUAACAUUGGCAUCAAACAUAUCUCAGUCACCUUACGGGGGGUUAUAUUUGGUUUAAAUGAUAUGGAAAGGUGUCGAUUGACACAAGUGUUUAAAUCAACCGCUUUUAUUAAAGACCCGGUCGUGAGGCCAACGUCUGCAGUCAAUACAAUAGCCGAAGCGUUAAGAGUGUUACGAAUGAGAACUGAAAUACAUUGUCGGCGUAUAAUUAAAAUGUGCAAAACUAUGGAUGAAUUCACAGAAUUGUGCGAAAACGACAAAAUAAUACUUUUGAAGACCUGCUGUCCAGAGAUUAUAUGUCUCUCAAGUGUCCUAACGUUUGAUUUUGUGGGCAAAUUCUGGACCGUCUAUAUUGACUCGAAAUCUGUGGCCAGUUUGAGCGUAGAAACUUUAAAAUGGGGCACCAUGAGCAAUUUUGAUCGGCAAAGAAUUAUGAAUUUUAUGUACAAACUUAACCAGGAGUAUAAUGGCGACACAAAUCUCAUGGAUUUGGUAUUACUAAUGAGGAAAUAA